GUUUUAUCGUGCAGCUUUAUUUUUCUUUCUUUCUUCUUUUACACUAGUUGCUACUGCUUCUUGUAACACUUUUUUGAGAUAGCCCCCUGUUAUUAUGUUGGUUACGGAAACCUUCCAUGGUUAUAUUGAAACAACACAAGAUGUUUUAUUAAUUUUUGAAGGCUGUCGACGUGGAUUGCUUCCAAGGAUAUGCAGACGUCUUCAGGAACGAGAAAGAAAAAUGAUUAGAUCUGGUUCCAUUUUUGUUUUUGAUGAACGAGAAUCAGGCAUUAAGCGUUGGACAGAUGGUAGAGUCUGGAGCCCAUCACGUAUAUUGGGUAACUUUUUGAUCUAUAGAGAAUUAGACAAAAAGGCAACAGGUGAAAAAAGAAUGUCUAAUAACAGCAACAUCAUGUCUUCUCCAGCCAGAAGAAGCUUCAGUCUUGAUAAUACCAUCAUUGACAGGAACAAAGAGCGUCAACUUAUUGGCAGUCUGUCCGACUCUUAUCGAUUUAAAGAAGAUGGGUUGAUAAAGAAGACAAUGUCUGUUAUCGUGAAUGGUGUUGCUCAACAUUUAAUUUCGUACUAUGACCCGAAUGAAGUCUUACAAGAAAAAUUACGCUCUCCUUCUUCGGUUCCUGAAUUAGCCAGUCUAGAGAUUUCACCUGAGUUACUAGUUAAACAAAACUUUCGUAUACCACCUCUUGUUGAACCUACCUUUGAUCAACAUGAUCAUCUUCCCCAUCCUCACCAUCAGCAACAAUAUCAUCACCAACAGAAUCAAGGUCCUCUUACUCCUCCUGAUCCUACAGCCUCUUCUAGUUAUAGCCGUGUAAUGCAUCCACUUCGCAGUAUGUCUGUCGGCUCAAUCCGUGGUCAUGAACAAAUGAUCAUGCGUAACGAGGGCAUAAUCUAUCAUCCAUACCAACAACAACAGCAACAGCAGCAGAGAAUAGCACCCCAAUCUCCUUCGAUUUCAAAUCAUUUCCAACAUUCUCCCAGCUCAAAUAACAAUAGCAAUAGCAACAAUAAUAAUAUACCUACUAAUAUUUAUCACCAUGAUCACCAUCCACAGCAUAGUAACAGUAGUAUGUUUCCUUCUUCAACAAGUACGAUGCCAUCUCCUUCUAGUUUGACCUCUUCUCCAAGUACACCUAUGCUCUCUCCUGCUCGGUAUCAACAGCAACAGCAACAGCAACAUCAACGCCAUUAUUCUGCUUCUUCUAUUUCCUCCACUUCACUUCCUCGAUUUGAUUCUCGUAAUUACGCAGCAACUGAUUCCUUUUUUGAUCGCUCUUCAUCCAACUCCAUUAGCCAAGUUAUAUCUGGUCCUUCUGUUGAUAAUUACCAGUCACCACAACCAUCAAACGAAAGAUUUGCUUCACCCAAUCUAGGUCAAUUAUUAAAUCCUAUUCACCCACUCAAUAACAACAAUAGCAUUUCUACUCAUAUGAACACUGCUACCAGUAAUGCUACCACUGUUGAUACAACCAAUGACCAUACUACAACAAGCAGCAGUUCUCCUUCAACUCCCCCACCUACAAGUGAUGCAUUUUUACAUGCUCAUCAACAACAUCCCUAUGAUUACAAUACAGUUGUUAAUCCUGCGCCUACUACUAGUUCUUUACGCAAUUAUUCGAGUCCACAUCAUCCAGAGAAUAAUGAGAAUACCCAGCCAAUACCUCAUCCACACCACCGUCAACACAGCAUGAGUGAUAUGGGCAAUGAACAUCAAGGUGAUGGAGUGAAUGAAUACUACAUGAAUUAUUAUCAACGUACUUCACUACCAAAUACGCAAAUACAUAAUAGCUUUAUGUUCCAGCAACAACAGCAACAGCAACAACAACGACAACAACAACAUCAUCAUCCUUUUUCAACUGGUCAAUAAGGCUUUUUUUCUUUCUUUUUUGUUUGCUUUCUUUUUUUAUGCAUACAAUUAUAUAUACAUACAAUUAUAUAUACAUACGCACACACUUUAUAUAUAUACAUAUUCAUGUACUUGCAUUUGUAAGAUUAAAAAAAAGUAUAUGCGUU